AUCCGGGCACUUUACACUCAAACCUGCAGCGAGAGGACAUGAAGAGAGACUGUGGAACUUCUCUCAGGACUUAACAAGGUCUCCCCCUCCUCAUGUCGGUGUCCCUGUCCUCCCUCCAGACCUCCAUGAUGAUGAUGAAGGGCUAUCCUCUUCAUCACCCUCAUCAUCGUCCUCUCCCCCAUCCUCAUCCUCACCCCCAAUACAUGGACUUCUUCCAGCACAACCUGCUCCACCCUCUGAAGUCUUUGGGCCGCCUGGUUUCUGACUCUCUGCAGGGAGGAGGAGGAAGAGGAAGAGGAGGAGGAGGAGGAGGAGGAAAUCCACCUUUCAAUCUUCAGGAACACAUCCUCACCUCCUCCUCUUCCUCAUACCUCACCUCAGAUUUCUGCAGUCCGCUCAAUGAAAGCAUCUCCUCUUCCUCCUCUUCCUCCCCGCCCAAAGACACCCUCCUUCGGCCUCGCAGCGCAGAAAUCUCCGGGGAGAAUCGGAGUUCUUUUAAUUUCAGCGAGGAGCAGCUCUUCAUGGUUCUGUAUGGAUACUCCGGGGGUCCGGAGAGGAGCGGGGGCCACGCCAUCUCCGGACUCACCCUGCCCGAAAAGACCGUUCCUGCCUCUCACCACUUACCAGGCUGGAACAAAGAGGCACUCCUGGAGCUUCAGCAAAGGAUGAAUUCUGGCGAGGGGUUCAAGUGUGACCGCUGUGGGAAGGUGUUUGCCUACAAAUACUACAGAGACAAGCACCUGAAGUACACUCGCUGCGUGGACCAGGGCGACAGGAAGUUCCCGUGCCAUCUCUGCACACGCUCCUUCGAGAAGAGAGACCGGCUGAGGAUCCACAUCCUGCACGUGCACGAGAAGCACCGGCCGCACAAGUGCUCGGUGUGUGGAAAGAGCUUCUCUCAGUCCUCCAGUCUCAACAAACACAUGAGGGUUCACUCCGGAGAGAGACCCUACAAGUGUGUGUACUGCAACAAGGCCUUCACCGCCUCCUCCAUCCUUCGCACGCACAUCCGGCAGCACUCCGGGGAGCGGCCCUUCAAGUGCGCGCACUGCGGGAAGGCCUUCGCCUCGCACGCGGCUCAUGACAGUCACGUGCGGCGGACUCACGCGAAGGACCCGCCCCCCCCCUGCGAUCUGUGCGGGGCCAACUUCAAGGAGGACAAGGAGCGCAAACUCCACAUGAAGAACCACCUAGACAGACGAAUCCCGGACAGCACCGUUCUUCCCAUUUCUCCAGACGCUGGACUUCUGGAGAAGGAAAUUCCCAAAUCACAGAAGACGUUUCCUCACAGCGGGAUCACGGUUUUAAAUCAGGAAUAUCGGCCCUGGAAUUAGAUGAACUGUGAACCCUGAGGUGUAAGACCACAGAAAACAGGCACUACCAGGAUAGAGAGAAACAUCAAUCAGAGGGUUUUCUGAAUGUAAAUGCUGCUUCAUAAUUAAAAAAAAAAGCUCUAUAAUUAAAAGUCUAUUUAAAUAGGCUUAUCAUAAUUUAAUUUGUAGGCAAAAAUGUCUAAAUCUAUUUAAUAUAUGUUGUUGUUUGUUGUCUUAAACUCUGUUUUCUGAACCACAAUAAUAAUAACAACUUAUGUAAUUAUGUUUUCGUGCAUCGACAAACGCUUGAAAAGCUAUUUUUAUCAUUGUGGGUCUGAGCCUAUUUGUGUAUAAAAUGAAUUGUUGUCUUAAUUUAUUCUGUAUAAUAAUGUUUUGUAUGUCCGGCUGCAGAAGCUUUUGUUUAUCUGAGCUUUUUCAUGAUCAACAAAUAAAAAAUCAGCGCAUGGAAAACAAA